GAUCUGAGUGAGUCCUUAAACUGGGAACGCCAUCCCGCUUGAUCCCGCUGCGUUGCCGAGAUUUCUCUCGUGUCCUAUUUCUCCCCGGCUCCCGCCUCGUAGCACCCAACCCAGUCCUGAACAAAUCCGUACACUAUUGCUUCUCCCUCUCCAAUCCUCGGGCUGAAUCCCGCCCAUCCAUCAACCAGCCAAGCAAGCAGACAGACAGACACACGCACCUGGGAGAAGACGACACCGCCAAGAAAGCAACGAUAACUCUGUUACUGGGUGGGUUGACUGCGCACACACCCACGCGCGUGCGCUCUCGCCCCAGAUUGUCCACCCCAUCGGCCGGGAUAUCCUGCAUAUGUAGGCACGAGAACAGACCAAGUCUCACCCACCAAGUCUACCGCGCGCCGCGCGCACACACACUCAUUCUCACACACACACUCACUCACUCUCACUCUCUCUCACUCCCACCACCCUCACCCGGAGUCUCUCUCUCUCACACACACCACAAGCCACCCGACUGAGAUACGUAGCCAAGACCUGAGAGGGGACCACUCUCUUCACACACUUCCACUCUUGGCGCUAGUCAAGUCAAUUCCCAUCCUUGGACGAGACGAGCUUGUGACUUUGCGCAUCUCGACUUUUCAAUUCACACCAUCCGCUUUUCUCCGCCCCUUGCUCGCUCACUCACCGACCUGCUCCCGACCUUUAUACCGACCUCUAUACCGAACUUCAACUUUGGCUGCAUCGCGCCACAUAGACUUUAGAAGCUCUCCAUCACAUCAUCGCCACCAUCCGACCACACAACGCCCGGUUACCAUUCUCACGAUCAUCAAGAGUGGUCUCGCUCGUACUCGUACAACUGAGAACCACCCACCGCUCAUUUGCAACACACUCGCCGCCCUUCUACCUCCCUCGCCUUUUAAUCUUGAGAGAGAGCACGCGCGCGACAAUUUACCCCGACGACAGAUAUCCCGCGACCUCUUCUCACCACAAGCAAGAGUUCAUGCUCACGACAACACGCACAUCGCACCCCCAAUCGCCCCGACCGGACGGACUUUCGGUAGCCCUGGAGGCAUACGACGCCUCUACAGGCGUCCUCGUGCCAGGCUUUGGCCUUGGUUCGGCGGUGCUGCACCCUUACGAGCAUCCGCCCCUCGACUUUGCCCACGAUCCCUAUCUAGGCGUCGACGACGAAGAAGACGACGACCAGGUCUCCUCCCUCUCCUUCGGCUUCUCCUCCGACUUCACCGCAGACUUCGCUCUCGGCCCCGAAGCCGACUCGGCCGCGUCCAACCCGGAAUCCCACGCCUCGACGGCCUCGUAUCUCAAGCACGACGACCACAUCCAUUACCUUUACCACCAGCACCAGCACCAGCACCAGCAUCAUUACCAAGCCGACAUCAUGAACUUGCCCAGCUCCCACAUCCCGCCCCGCCGCAGCGCGAGCAUCCACUCGCUUACGCCGUCGCGCGACCUCCUCGUUAAGCCAAAGUCCCCGGAAAAGUCGGCCGCCGCCGCUGCCGCAACCGCCACCAAAUCAAAACGAGUGCGGACGGGCUGUCUAACGUGUAGAGAACGGCAUUUAAAAUGUGACGAGGGGUUACCAAACUGUCUAAAUUGCAGGAAAAGCAGCCGCGAGUGUAAACGCGGCGUGCGGCUCAAUUUUAUAGACAUCCAGGUCAAAAAGCCGCCAUAUAUGCCGCCCACCGUCGAGUGGUCCGUCCAAUUUCAAGACGAAUCAAGGCAGAUCGCCUCGGAGUACGUCGGAGGUCUCGGCCGCUACGCUCACCUAGAUAAGCAAGCCGCCGCCGUCGCCGCCGUCGCUCCUCCUCCUCGGCACAUGGGUCAUCUUGAGCCAACCCUCCGCCACCAAGGCCAUCUUCUCCCUCAGGCACACGCAAGCGGCCCAGACGCCUCGUUAUCACCACGGACUCACCUCCAGCACCACCCGCCUCCGCCGCCGCCGCCGCCGUCGCUGCCCCCGCCGCCACAGUUGUCGUCGUCGUCCAUGUACAGCUACUCACACCGACCCGAGCCGCCUCGAGCCGUCGAGUCGGCGUACCCGCGUCGCGAGAGCGACAACCCUUACCUGACGCCCCAGCAUUCCGCCCACCCGGCACCUCACCCUUACGGUCUUCAUGAGCACUUCGCCUCGUACCGCGAAAGCGCCCCCCGCAACCACAGCCAUCGCGACAGCGACGCAUCGAGCGCCGCCUCCAUUGUGCCGCAGCCGACGGCGCCGCCCCCGAGCUAUCGCAGUAGCGCCGGUGCCGGCGCCGGCGCCAACCCGCUGGCCCCCGACGGCAUGAUGACGCCACCGCCGAGCGAGAAGGCCACGGCCGGUGAGAGGGAGUAUCUCAACUCGCCCGAGGAGAUCCUGUAUAUGCAGGUCUUCGUCGAGGAGGUGGGCGUGUGGAUGGACUCUCUCGACAAGGAGAAGCACUUCUCGCGCCUCAUCCCUUACCACUCGCUCAAGUCGCCCAUGCUGCUCAACGCCUUCCUCGCCUGCGGCGUCAAGCACCUCACGCUCGUCAACCCGGCCUACCAGGACGACAAGGCCCUCUUCUACUACGACACGGCCACGACGCAGCUCCUGCGCAGCCUGCAGAACCCGGACCGCAACACGGGCGAGUGCGCCACCACCGCCGUCGUCCUCAACGUCUACGAGAUCAUGUCCGAGAAGCCCGCCCAGCGCAUGAACCACAUCGCCGGCGCCCGCGCCCUGAUCCGCGAGUGCCGGUGGGACGCCAAGUCGUCCGGCAUCGGCGCCGCCUGCUUCUGGCUCAACAUCGGCAUGGAGGUGCUGUCGUGCCUGGCCUUCAACUGGCAGACCUCAUGGGACCCGGACCAGUGGGGUCUGGACAUGGACUUUGCCGCCGACAGAACAGCUACCGGUCCCGGUGCCGCCGCGAGGUCGGCGUCGUCGUCUUCCUCGUCGGGAGACGGCUUCGGCCAGGAGGAGCUGUGGGUGCAUCGGAUCCUGUACAUCGUGGCCAAGAUCGCCAACUUCCGCGCCACGAUCCCGCGGUUCCAGGAGCCGAGCCCGCACGACGAGCAGAUCCGGCUGGGCAACCGGCUCGCGCAGUGGCAGGACCUGAAGAGGCUGUGCGACAAGUGGAACAACGCGUGCCCGAGGACCAUGCAUCCCUUUGGCUACCUAUACCCCUCGCAGACGAACUCCAAGUCUGCCUUCCCUAACGUGUGGCUCAUCAAGCGCGCCGCCAUCAUUGGCCGCCUCUUCUAUCACACGGCCCAGUGCCUCCUCGCGCAGACGAACCCGAUGGAGCCCGGCAAGGCGUCCGAGGAGAUGCGCGCGCUGCAGCUGCACCAUGCGCACCAGGUCUGCGGCAUUGUCGCGCACACAAAGGACCGCGGCGUCGCCUCGGUCGCCAUCCGCUCCCUCGCCAUCGCCUCGGCCGUCCUCACCGACCCGCGCGAGCAAGACGAGGUCCUCGAGAUCCUCGACCGCAUCCACGCCGAGAGCGGCUGGCGCCUCGGCAAGAUCCACACCGAGCUCAAGAAGACCUGGGGCUGGCCUAGCCCGGCGCCCUCCCACGCCAACACCCCUGGCGGCGGUGCAUCCGGGGGAGACUCCCACCACCACCACCACCAUCGGGGCUCGGUGGGUAGUUAUACUUCCCGGUCCGGUCCGCCUGGUAACCCGCCCGCCAUGGCGACAUCGUCGGCCCAGGGGUCCGGCGCCGCCUCCUCGACGCCGAUGAAGGCGCUCGUCAACCCGCUGUCGUUUGCCGACUUUAGCCUGCCGAACCAUCCGUACCAGAACUGGUACGAGCCGCCAAACCGGUCCAGCUCGUACGGCUCGCAGAGCUUCUUCUGAUUCUUUCCGGCGUGCUUCGCGAACACCAAAGACACGCACGCACACACACACCCGCGCAGUCACUCUCGACGAAAUCCUUUCUACUCUUUUCUUUUUCUUCAUCUUCCAUAUCCUCCUACUCGUAUACAUCUUACGGAACACCCCGGAUCAGAGGGUGACCUUUAUUCUACGUGUAAUAGCACUUUUCUCGAACCCACCCCCCAAAAAAGGAGGCGGAAUCAUCGUUUGAUCCCCCUACCCUUAAGCGUCGUGGAUGACAUCAAAAGACGGCACUGGCUGCCGCCGCCCUUUACAUUUACAAUAACGAUAACGACAACCCCAUCUUCUCUUGCGUCCCGCCAGAAGCUUCCCUCUCAUCCUUUUACUUUCUUGCCCCACCCCCCUUUCCCCCUUACUGCAUCGUCACAUUUCAAGGCUUUAUAUACGCGGGAGACGGUGUGUGUGUGUAAGAUCGGAAGGGGAGGAUGGCAUCACUUGCUCUGGGAGGGGUUUAUACUAUUUACACAGCGGCCGCCGGCAACAUAGCAUCGCGUCCCAGGAUGGAGGAAAAUGAGACAGACGGAUUCCCGCCUUGGGAUCUUGUGGCUGGUUUUCAUCUCUUGGAGUUUUGAACCCGUGCGUGGAAGGGGUUCUUUCUUUGUUUUUAACUCGGCGUUUUUUCGGUACUUUGGUGACAAGAAGAGAUGGGAAAGGGAAUCAAGAGCCCGCCGCGCUGUGGACGGACUCGCUUCGGCAGUUUUUGAGAGAGGAC